UCCGCUGAUAGAUACCCCGUUUGCCAUCCUCUUUUUCUUUCUUUUGAAUCACUUUCACGAACAGAUUUCGGGCUUCGUUAUCGACGCUUGACUCUCUGUUUUUGUCAGUCUGAAAAAGAAAAAGACAACGACCAAACACGCAACACCUUAAUUUAAUUGACGAAAACCCUACCUCGCCAAAGCGAGAUCGUCAUUCACUUCUACGAUUGACUGCAUCAUCCGCUCUUGCAGUCUUCAAUUCGGAUUUGAUAUUCGAUUGUUCCAUCUCCCUCGAUCGUCUGCUUUGCGAUUGCGUCUCUUUCUUUCAAGUAGCUAGGCGCGAAAGAAAGACUUCCGAUUCCCAACGCAGUGCUAAGAACCGAUCUCCAAGUACACGUACUCCAGCUCUCGUAGCGUCAUUAUAUUGUCACUUAUGACUUCGCCUAACCAAGGCCCGGCGUCUAACAACUCCACGACACCGUCGUACGCUUCUGCCGCCGGCGCAGCAAAAAAGCCAUCUGCGACGCCGGUGGUUGCUACCGGUUCAAACGCACCUGUUGUCGCGGCUGGAACCUCAGGAUCUGCGCCGCAACAUGCUAAGUCGUCUUCAAUAUCGCCUAUGAACGGCCGACCCAACAUCAUGCCGGCCAUCCCUACUGUCCCUCCCGUCGCACACGGUACAUCCAACGCCAACGGGCUUGCUGACCACAGCCGAAAGAGUUCUGUAACUAUAAGCGCUAACGGUCCUAACAACUAUUCGACGAACGGUGGAACUGCAGGAGGAAAGACGAACAUCAAAUUUGGUUUUCAAGAGUCACCUGCUGUACUGCACAGCUCUCCUCAGCCUGGAUCAGCUCCCAUCCCCAUUCCUGACAGCGCUAAUCCUCGUGUAACUUCACCCCAAAACUCGCCGUCACCUAUUCCGCAACCUUCUGCCAGCGGUGGACGGCCUCCUUCCGGAACUGCCCAACAGGGUAUGACCUUUGGCAGCUUCCCUGAUAACGACCGUUCUCACAUACGAGCCACCUCUGUUUCCCAGGACCCGAACUCCUUAGGAUCGCACUCGCCUCAUAUGAGACGAGGUUCGAAUGUUAGCGAUAUGAGUAAUCAGGGUCAUCCACACAUGGGCCGGGGCGGUUUCCAGUCCUCAGGCCGCGGCCGAGGGUACAGCAACUCAUUUAAUCACCAGCAACCUAUGGGAUACCCCCCCAACUCCUACAACCGGGGCCCCCAGAACUCCGGACGAGGUGGCGUAGCACCCAACUUUGGAAAUGCUCGCCAGCAGCAGUUCGGAACUCCUCCGCCGCAACACCGCAGUCCGGCGCUCCCACCGGCAAUGCCACACCACCCCCAGAACAUGCCUCCCGGUGGCAUACCAUUCUAUUACCCUCCUGGUCCUCCUAUGGGCCAAGGACAAGUACCACAAGUAAAGCACCCCAGUUCAUUCCUUCCUUCUAACCAAGAACGUUCGUAUCUCAAAGUCGGUAAGAGAAGAGGAAGCCGUCGCGAGACUGAAAAGUUCUCGAAUCAUCGGCGAACAGACUCUUACGACAAUGAGCACCAAGACUUUAGUCAGAAGUCUCGACGCUAUAGUAAGCGUUCAGAUCAGCGAUUUGCCGCAGAUAGUUCACGGCAUCAUGGAUUUUCAUCAUUCAACAAGACGGAAAUGCCGUAUCCUGGAGAAGUUCCAGUCAUCCCCUUGCAACACCCUUUCCCCAUUGCCCAGUCGUUUCCGCCAAAUCCAGCUCGAAUUGAUCUGUCACCAGAGAGUGGCAAUUUUGACAGGUUACUAACCAGCGUACACCAGACUUUCUAUCCUCAGUUUGACCCUCGACCAGGCAUGCAUAUGCCUGGAUAUCCAGUCUACCCAAUGGCUCACGGAGGCCAGUCCCCUAUCCCCGCUUAUCAGGCGCCUUACACCCCAGGCCCGUAUAACGCCCCAGGAGGGCAGCCGAUGUCUCGUAACUCUUCACAGGUAUCCGUGGAUCACCGUCCCGCAUCGAGCACUGGUCAGAGCCAGGCACCGAUUGUCGCCCAAGGAACGCCCCAAUCUCAACCUGCCCAGAUCAAGCCAGCUGUGGUCUCGUCUCCUCAGUUCAAUCGCCCGCCUAAAAAGAGCAUGGCUGUCAUCAUCAGAAAUGCGGCCGGAGAGCCGGUUGAUUUAAGCAAAGUAAAGGUACCGGCGUCGCCUGCCCCGAGUCAUCAGCAGUCCAAGACGCCACCUGUAGUUUCCUCUACCCCGCCUCCUGCUCCGAAAACAGGAACGCCAAGAACUGGUACACCUGCUCACUCGCGAGCCGAAAGUGUAAGCAACUCUAAGACGGCCGAAGAAGUACGAAAUGAGUUCAAGGAGAAGAUGAAGCAGGCCGCCAGUGCAGAGAAGGCUAAGGAGGAAGAAGAAGCCAAGGCAGCUGCCGAGAAGGCCAAAGAAGAGGAGCGUCUAAAGGCAGAGCAGAAGGCUCAAGAAGAAGCCAAGGCUGCUGAAGAGGCACAGGCGCGUAAAGAAGCUGAAGAGAAGGAGAAAGCGGAGCGUGAAGCAGCAGAGGCGGCUUCGAAGAAAGAGGAAGCGCCCAAAGCCAGUGAUGAACCGGACGAGGAGGAGCUCGAACGUAUUAUUCGCGAGAUGGAAGAAGCCGACGCGAAGCGCGAAAAGGAGGAAGAGGAGCGCCGUAUCAAGGUCGAAGCCGAGAAAGCUGCUAAGAAGAAGGCCGAGGAAGAGGCAAGAUUGGCUAACGCUGCUGAGAACGAUCGCAAGCUUCGGGAAGCUGAGGCUGAAAUGGAACGCCUCGAGGAAGAGCGAGAGCGCAAGCGGGCCCAAGAAGGCUCUAACUUAUCAGUUCAGGCCCUCAUUCAGCAGUCAGGCGAGAAUGAAAAGAAAGCAGAUGCGCCAUCGACAAGCGAGACUACAGCAAAAUUGGCCAACCUUUCUCUCAAUGACAAGCCUUCAACUGCAACUACUAAACCCGCGCAAGGUGGACGUGGCCCUAAGCCAGCUGCUCUUAACCUUGCUCCCAUUAACACCAAGUCUGUUGAACCUGCUCAACCUAGCGCGGCGCUUCAGUCUCUUAAGACAGCUAGGCUUCUAGGUUCAAGCUCCAUCAGGGCCGAUCUUUAUCCUGCAGGAAUUCAAUCACCGAACCCUGCUUUGAAUGCUGCUGUCACAAAGAAGGGAACAUCAUUCAAGUAUGACUCCGCCUUUUUAAUGCAAUUCCAGAAGGUCUUCACGGAGCAACCCUCUGUUGAUUUCCACCAGCAAGUCAAGACCCUCAUCGGCGAUAGCGACAGUAACCGGUCUGGGUCUGCUCGAACGCCAGCCGGCCUAUCCAGUCGACAGCCUUCGAGACCUGGGGCACCUGGCACAACAACUUUCGGCUCCUUCUUUGCUGAUGGUCGAACAUUACCCCCCGGGACGACGUCCGCUCAGCGAUUCGGAAUGAGCUCCGAGAAGUCAAUGUCGCGACCGCCAAUGAAUGCCAUUGGCAGCUUCCGUGGAACCUUCCCCGGUGGUAACCAAAUGGCUCGACAGCCGUCCAGUUCUAACAUGAGCAUGCCCCACUCUCCACGACAAGGAAGUCGUCGGAAUGCUAGCAAACAAAGCACUUUCAAUCCCAAGGUGGAGGCUCAGGCGGCUAAGACUAUGCCUCUCACGCAAGGUAUGAAGAUAGAAGCUCUCAGUACCUCGUCGACAGGUUGGAAGCCGACCAGCAUUGCCAAAGCCGCACAAGCUAGCGCCGCUGCCCCGGCUGCGCAAGGCGGACUGCUUGAUCCUUCAAUGGUUCAACGUAAAGUCAAGGCUGCCUUGAACAAGAUGACACCUGAGAAUUUCGACAGAAUUUCGGACCAGAUCCUCCAAAUUGCUGGUCAAUCCAAGGACGAGACUGACGGCAGGACUCUCCGUCAAGUCAUCCAGCUCACUUUCGAGAAGGCUACUGAUGAGGCUCACUGGGCGUCAAUGUAUGCCAAAUUCUGUAAGAGAAUGCUGGAGACAAUGAGCGCAGACAUUAGAGACGAGAAUAUUAAAGACCGAAAUGGCCAGGUCGUUAGCGGUGGUGCACUAUUCAGGAAGUACCUUCUAAACCGAUGCCAAGAAGAAUUCGAACGCGGAUGGAAGCUUUCGCUACCGGAGCCGAAAGAAGGAGAGGACAAGAAGACGCUCGAGGCCGCCAUGCUUUCUGAAGAAUACUACAUCGCCGCUGCCGCUAAACGUCGUGGACUUGGUUUGGUUCAGUUCAUCGGUGAACUUUACAAGUUGGGCAUGCUCACUGAGCGUAUCAUGCACGAAUGUGUCAAGAAACUUGUUGACCACAGUGGUGUUCCUGACGAAGCCGAGGUCGAAUCUCUUUCCAAGCUGUUGCGAACUAUCGGUGCCAAUCUGGACUCCACAGACAAGGGUCGGGUCAUGAUGGACGCUUACUUCGCUAGAAUCCAGGGCAUGAUCGACCUUCCCGAUCUACCUAGCCGAUUGAAGUUCAUGCUCAUGGACGUGAUCGAUCUGAGAAAGGCCCAUUGGGUGUCCAAGGAGGCUAAUAAGGGUCCUAAGACUCUUGAAGAAGUUCGUGCGGAAGCUGAGGCCGCAGCAGCACAGAAGGCUGCUGAGGCGGCACGAACUACUCAACGAGGUCCUGGAGGUGGUCCUGGACGAGCGCAGCUAGGCCGUGGUGAUGCUAGGAACUUCUCAGGCUAUGCGCAACAAGCGCAAAACCAGGUCGGUAUGGAUGACCUGCGCCGUCUAAAGGGUGGCGCGAACCGCACCCCAAGCUCAAACGUUACAUUGGGACCCGUGUCGAUGCUUAACUCUCGUAGUAACAGCGGCCGUCGUCUGGGCCCUGGUGGUUCGCUUAGCAGAGGAGCCGAGGAUUCUGGUGCCUCAUCCAGGACUGGAACUCCUCCAGUAAGGGAGGCGCCAAGCAGCACGAAUUCGUUCGGUCUACUUGCCAACAUGGACUCGGAUCACCCAGCGUCGCCCCCAUCUACCGCGGCGUCGCCCGCUCUUACUAAGGUUGUUCCGGACAACGCAGCUGCAUCCGAAAAGGGAAGCAGUUAAAAUCCGUUUUCUAUGAUGAUAGAAACGUCUUGCAUUUGCGGUUGCAUCGUUGUGCAUAGACUAGGACACAGGACUUACUGCGUUGCAUUUACGGGGGUUUCUAAAAUGUGUCUCCAAAAGUUUCAGGUUUCCUUUUCAUUAUGAUACCUUGCGCCCAAUAGACUUUACCUU